CGGGGCCGGUUUAAAAGGUGGCGCCGUUGGAGCAGGGGGUGCCCUGGUGCGUCUGAGGGGUUUGGGUUUAGUGUUUCUGCUCUCUAGCCUCUCCUGUGCUGUCGUUUUCUGAGGGUAGUCUCAUCAAUCUGAAGAUGGCAACUCUGAUCUUUGUUGAUCAGGAGAAUGGUGAACUUCAUGCUCCCAAGAGUCAGCUGAAGCUCCACUCAGGUUCUUCAAAAGUGCUAGCUGAAAGAACACAAGUUAACACUCCACUUCCUAAGAAAGUCAUCAGCACUUCUCCAGUCACAUCUCGCUCUGUCAGAAAGGCUCUUGGAAAUGUGAAUAAAACUGAAGGAGUCAUGAGCAAGGUGGAUAAGAUAAAACAGAAAAGUCAGCCUUGCACUGUGAACAAAACUGGAUUAGAAAGCUGCCAUACAGUGGCUGAAGAAGAUUGGCCAGAAAUAGAAAAUAUGUUUCCUUCAGAUCCUCAAGACUUUGAGAGUUUUGAUCUUCCUGAAGAAUACAAACUCAGCAAUAUCAACCUGUGUGGUGUUCCCCUGAUGGUAUUUGAAAGGACAUAUGACAGAUGUGUGAGCAUGGUUCCUUCACCUGUGAAGAUUGAAGAGAUUUCCUGGGAAUCCAACUUGCUACAAUCAACUGCUGACUUCCUUGCUACCCUGGAUGAGAUCAUUGACAUGCCACCUCCAAAUUAUAAUGUUUAGUGUGUGCGCUCAAGUUUCUUUUGAGGUCAAAUUUCAUAUAGUUCUAUAUUUCAAUAAAGACUAGUUUAACUUA